CUAAUGGAAAUGCUACUUCGGGUUCUUAGUUUUCUAGCUCUUAAUAUGCUUCUUCAUGUGCAUGCUCAAACAGGAUUCAUAAGCAUUGAUUGUGGAGUGGAUGAGGACUACAUAGAUAACACAACCAAACUAUUUUACAGUUCGGAUGCAAACUUCAUAGACAGUGGAGAAAACAAGAACAUCCCUUAUGAUUUCACGUCCACAAUUUAUGAAAAACAGCUCACAAAUGUUCGAAGCUUCCCGAAAGGAGUCAAGAACUGCUACACCCUACCAGCAGACCAAGGCAAAGAUAAUAAGUACUUGAUCAGAGCUGUAUUCAUGUGCGGUAAUGUUCAAGAGUACAAUAAUCAGCUUCCAGAGUUCAAACUAUAUCUGGGUGUCGAGGAAUGGGACUCAGUGACAUUCAACUCGUCCUAUAAUAUCGUCCGCAGGGAAAUCAUAUAUGUCCCUAAAACAGAUGAAAUAUAUGUGUGUCUUGUUAAUACUGAUUCUGGGACACCUUUCAUUUCUGCAUUAGAGCUCAGGCCAAUUGAUGAUUCCAUUUAUAACAAAACUCAAUCUGGAUCGCUGGUACUUUUUAACAGGUACAAUUUUGGUUCAGAAACCAGUGAGACAGUCAGAUAUGGAGACGAUGUGUUGGAUCGCAUCUGGGGACCCUACAGUUGGUCUUCUGGGGAAUCCAUCAAAGCAUCCUAUAGUAGUUCUGGGUUAAGUGAAAAUCAAUUUAAACUUCCGGCCAAGGUAAUGGAGACCGCGGUAAAACCUGUGAAUGGAACUUCGUUGGACUUCUAUUUGGAUGGGAUUGAUUCAUCUCAAGAAUUUUACGUAUAUUUGCAUGUUGCUGAGAUUGAGACAUUGGUGCAAGGCCAGAUCAGAGAGUUUACCGUUUCAGUGAAUAAGGAAACAAUUUCUAGUGCUAUCCAACCUCGGUACAUGAUUGCAGAUACUUAUUUUACUCAAUCUUCCUUAAGUGGAAGUGAGCUGAAUUUUUCACUUUCCCAGACAAAUCAAUCCACACUUCCACCCAUUAUGAAUGCUCUGGAGAUUUACAUGAUAAAAGAAUUCGUACAGUUGCCCACUGAACAACGUAAUGUUGAUGCUAUGAAGAAAAUCAAGUCAGUAUACCAGGUGACGAAGAGUAGUUGGCAAGGAGAUCCAUGUCUCCCAAGAAAUUACUCGUGGGAUGGCCUGAUCUGCAGCGAUAAUGGUUAUAAUGCCCCUAGUAUCACCUCACUGAACCUAUCAUCUAGCAAUUUGGCUGGGAAGAUAGAUAAAUCAUUCUCCAAUCUCACUUCGUUACAAUAUUUGGAUUUAUCUUACAAUAGUCUAAGUGGAGAAGUGCCAGAAUUUCUAUCUGAAAUGUCUUCCUUGAAGACCCUGAACUUAUCAGGGAAUAAAUUGACAGGUUCGGUUCCUUCGGCCCUCCUCACAAAAUCCAACGAUGGAACCCUGUCUUUAAGUUUGGAUGGGAAUCCGGAUCUUUGUAAAACCAACUCGUGCAAUACAAAGACGAAAAAGAAGAACUCAGUUGUUGUUCCUGUAGUUGCAUCCAUUGCUUCAGUUGUGGUCCUCUUAGGUGCAAUAUUUGCAGUCUAUUGGCGCUUCAUAGGAGGCGGAAGAUGUGGUAAACCUGCUGGAGUGAAACCCAAUGAUCGAGAUAAUGUGUCACAAUUGGAGUUCCAGAAACCAGAUGUACCUAAUGAAGAAGAGAACUGGGAUUCGGAGUUAGAAGAAAUACAAAAGGAAGUGAUCGAAACUAGUGGAAAGCUGGAGGCAAGGAAGCAACGUCUUAGUUAUUCUGAGGUUAAAAGGAUCACCAACAACUUUGAAAAAGUGAUCGGAAAGGGAGGAUCUGGAUUGGUUUACAAUGGCCGUUUAAGCAAUGACAUUAAAGUUGCGGUCAAGAAGCUGUCACCUUCUUUGCAUCAAGCUUUUGAGCAAUUUCAGAAUGAGGCUCAGCUGUUGUCAACAAUUCAUCAUAGAAACUUGGUUUCUCUAAUAGGGUACUGCGAUGAGGGUUCAAACAUGUUGCUAAUUUAUGAGUAUAUGGCUAAUGGGAACUUGAAAGAGCAUAUAUCAGGUAAAAAUGGGUCGGUGUUGAGUUGGGAACAAAGAGUUCAAAUAGCAAUUGAGGCAGCACAAGCACUGGAAUAUUUACAUGAUGGUUGCAAUCCAUCCAUAAUUCACAGAGAUGUUAAGGCUGCCAACAUCUUAUUGAAUGAAAAAAUGCAAGCCAAAGUAGCAGAUUUUGGGUGGUCCAGAAGCAUGCCCUCUGAAAAUCAAUCUCAUGUAUCAGCAACCUUUGUUGUCGGCACUUCUGGGUACCUUGACCCUGAGUACAACAGAACUGGAAAGUUGACUAAGGAAAGUGAUGUUUAUAGCUUUGGGAUUGUUCUUCUAGAGCUUAUUUCCGGCCGGUCUGCGAAAAUUGAGGACAAUCGCAGCAUAUUGGAUUGGUUCUAUCCUGUUUUUGAAAGUGGGAAAUUAGAAGACAUUGUGGAUCCAAGGUUACAAGGAAUCUUCAGUACUAACUCAGCCUGGAGAGCUGUAGAGACAGCAAACUCUUGCAUACCACUCAGAUCCAUAGAGAGGCAAACUAUGAGCUAUGUAGUGAAUGAAUUGAAAGAGUGCCUGAAACUGCUAGAGAUGAGUAGCCCUUCAAAUACAGGAGUAACCAUUACUCGACCUAUUGGAACUGAAACCGGUCCUCAAGCAAGGUAGAAACAUUGACUAGUAAUGUGUCUGUGUGUGCAUGCUGCUUGUUGUCUGAUCAAUAAUUUCCAAACUUUCAUGAACAUAUGUACUUUAAAAGUAUGAUGUUGAUCUUGCCUUUUCAUGAACAUAUGUACUUUAAAAGUAUGGUGUUGAUCUUGCCUUUUCGCUAUAA